GAACCCGGCGGGGUGAGGGCAGAGUUGGAGCGCAGCACAGCCCGGCCCGGGGGUCCCAGGUGCAUCCCUGAGGGAUCCAGAGGGGUAUCAGGAGGGGAUCCGGGUGAAUUCCCUGGAAUUCUUCCUUUUCCCCUCCCCUCCGCGCUCCCUCGGGCACUUUCGCUUUCGGGUCUCUCGAGCUGCGCCACAGCUGCGAGCGGGGAAGGCUGCGAUGGCUCCAGCGGUGGGGCUGGGGCUGCUUUUGGGGCUCCUGGGGCUUCUGGGGGACCAGGGGGGCGCGACGAAAGUUCUCCACUCCCUGCGUUUCCUGGAUGUGGGGGUGUCAGAGCCCAGCCCAGGGAUUCCCCAGUACAUGUCCAUUGGGUACCUGGAUGGGAUCCCCUUUGAGCGCUGCCACAGCGACCGAGCGCGGGUGGAGCCACUGACACAGUGGAUGAAGGACGGAGCCGAGCCAGGAUUUUGGGAUAGGGAGACUCAGAUCUGCGUGGGGAAUCAGCACAGGGAUGCCAGGAGCCUGGAGAUACUGCGGAACCGGUACAACCAGAGCAGGGGUCUCCACACAAGGUUGCGAGUUUAUGGCUGUGAUCUCCUGUCUGAUGGGAGUGUCCGUGGAUCCGUACGGUACGGCUAUGAUGGGAGGGAUUUCACCUCCUUUGACCUGGAAUCCAGGAGAUUUGUGGCGGCCGACAGCACUGCUGAGGUUAUCAGGAGGCGCUGGGAACGUGAGAACUAUGUUGAGAGGAAUACGAAUUACCUGGAGCACGAAUGCCCAGAAUGGCUCCAGAAAUUUGUUGGAUAUGGGCAGAAGGAGCUGGACCGCAAAGAGCCCCCUGAUGUCCAUGUGUCUGGAAAAGAGGAAUACGGGAUGCUGAUCUUGUCCUGCCACGCGUACGGAUUCUACCCCAACACCAUCGCAGUCAACUGGAUGAAGGGGGAUGAAAUCUGGGAUCAGGAGACAGAGUGGGGCGGGGUCGUUCCCAACAGCGACGGCACCUUCCACACCUGGGCCAGGAUCGAGGCGCGGCCGGAGGAGCGGGAGCAGUACCGGUGCCGGGUGGAGCAUCCCGGAAUGUUGGAGCCCGGAAUCUUUGCUUGGGAACCAAAAUCUGGCGGGAAUCUCACUGUGGUGGUUGCUGUGUCCAUCAUCGUCGCCAUCAUCAUUCUCAUUGUCCUCAUUGGAUUCGUCGUCUGGAAGCGCCAAUUUGGGAAGAAGGGCAGGAAUGUAUACAACCUGGCAGCCAGAAAUGAUGUGGGAACAAAGGCUUGAAUGCAG